UGGUAGCAUUGUCACUGUGUAACUUUCGUCGUGGGUGGUUGUGUGAUGAAUUCGUGAAACGUACUAUCACAAAUGUGUAUUUGGACAAAAGUUACUUACAUGAUUUGCUAAAAGCAUUUUGAUCGUGAUUUCGUAAAUAUCCACUGCCUAUAUCACUAGGACUAAGUGAAUUUCAAAGUGUUUGCGUACAAAAAUAGUGUACAUCGUUAUUUGAAGAAAAUGUUAUUGUGUGCUAAGUUUCAUAAUGGCGGCCCGUCGCGUCCCCCGCGCCUCCAUUUCGUUGACAGUCAAAUUAUGACAAUGCCGAUACGUAAAGUUUAGAAAUGUUGUGUUUUUGUAAAUAUUUUAGUGAAAGUUACUAGUUUUAUAGUUUAUAAGGACUCAAAAUGAAUACGGAGCAUCACAAUAUCAACACGGGUGGCGGCCAGCCCCCAGGAAAUUCAGAGCAGCAGCAGCAGACGGCGAAUUUGACCCCUACAACGUCCGCUACGGACCUGCGAGUGAACUCUGCGGCAGUAAACGUCGCUUUGUCUAGCGUCGCGAAGUACUGGGUGUUUACAAAUCUCUUCCCGGGGCCAAUACCGCAAGUGUCGGUGUACGGUCUGCCCACGGGUACGAGGAUAGAGAAUGGGAAACCAGUGCAGGACCUUGGUCAAGCCCAUGCAAGCAUACUCAAUGGAGACCCCAACAUUAUUCUUGGGCAUCCGGGACAGACCCAAGUUACUGUCUCGGCUGCGCAACAGUUACCACAGAUCAUUGCCACACAGACACAAACACAUGAUGCCCUGGCCCAUGCUCAGCAACAAGAGCUGUCGCAGCAGCAAGCCGGUCAGGUCACGACUAACUCGGGUCAAACCCACCAGCAGGUACCCAAUAACCGGGUCGAGUUUGUACACCAUAACAUUGAUAUGGUAAAUCACGUGGGGCAUCACUCACAACAACACAUUAUGCAGCAGCAACUAAUGGCAGCAACAAGGCCAGAACACUCCAACCAGCAGAUCCAGCUAACCGUGAGUGAAGAUGGCAUCGUCACCGUGGUAGACCCAGGUGGAGGCAAGUUGGUCGACAAGGAGGAGCUACACGAAGCCAUCAAGAUGCCGUCAGACCACACGCUGACGGUGCACCAGCUGCAGCAGAUUGUGGGGCAACAGGUGUUAGAGAACGUAGUUCGCAUAGAACAAGCUACGGGCGAGCCUGCCAACAUCCUGGUCACACAGAACCCGGACGGUACCACAUCCAUAGAGGCCAGCGCCGCGGAAUCCCUGUCCAUUGUCAAGGACGAAAAAGGUGGCUCCAAGAUUGAGACGGCACACUUCGCGCUGCCUGCUGAGAUAAAGGACCUUAAGAGCAUUGAUUUAAAGAGCGUGGGAGCGAUGGGUAUGGAAGGAGCCGUAGUGAAGAUAUCCGCCGGGGCGGCCGACCACGACAUGCACGCCAUGUACAAGGUCAACGUGGAGGACCUGUCUCAGCUGCUCGCCUACCACGAGGUCUUCGGCAAACUUAACGCCGAUGGUCAGCCUCAAGCCAAAGUAAUAAGCGAAGUGGAAGUAGAAGCGGGAACUAGCGCCGCCAUGUCCGCCGAGGAGAACUCGCCCGGACACCAUGCCUGUGAUAUUUGUGGGAAGAUAUUCCAGUUCCGAUAUCAGCUCAUUGUUCAUAGACGAUAUCAUGGCGAAAGAAAACCUUUCACGUGUCAAGUAUGUGGAUCAGCCUUUGCGAAUCCCGUGGAGCUGUCAAGACACGGGAAAUGCCAUCUUGGCGUCGUUACAGCAGGCGACUCAGCAGACAGGACCGCCAAGCGGCUGGCGCAGGACAAGCCAUACGCGUGCACAACUUGCCAUAAAACGUUCGCGCGCAAGGAGCAUCUCGACAACCACGUCCGCAGUCACACCGGAGAGACGCCAUACAGAUGUCAAUUCUGCGCCAAGACGUUCACCCGGAAAGAGCACAUGGUGAACCACGUGCGCAAGCACACGGGCGAGACUCCGCACCGCUGCGACAUUUGCAAGAAGAGCUUCACGCGGAAGGAGCACUUCAUGAACCACGUCAUGUGGCACACAGGUGAGACUCCACACCAUUGUCAAAUAUGCGGCAAGAAGUAUACUAGGAAGGAGCACUUAGCAAACCAUAUGAGAUCACAUACGAACGAUACCCCGUUCCGGUGUGAACUCUGCGGGAAGUCUUUCACGAGAAAGGAACACUUCACCAAUCACAUACUGUGGCAUACCGGCGAAACUCCCCAUCGCUGCGAUUUCUGCUCGAAAACGUUCACUCGCAAGGAGCAUUUACUGAAUCACGUCCGGCAACACACGGGCGAGUCUCCGCAUCGCUGCAACUACUGCUCCAAGUCGUUCACGCGCCGCGAGCACCUGGUCAACCACGUGCGCCAGCACACCGGGGAAACGCCCUUCCAGUGCGGCUACUGCCCCAAGGCCUUCACAAGGAAGGACCACUUAGUAAACCACGUGCGACAACACACCGGCGAGUCCCCCCACAAGUGCUCGUUCUGCACCAAGUCCUUCACGCGCAAGGAGCACCUCACCAACCAUGUGCGACAGCAUACAGGAGAGUCUCCGCACCGCUGCACAUACUGCGCCAAGUCAUUCACCAGGAAGGAACAUCUUAACAAUCAUGUCAGACAGCACACGGGGGAAACGCCCCACAAGUGCACGUUCUGCCCGAAGGCGUACUCGCGCAAGGAGCACCUCAACAACCACAUUCGCCAGCACACGGGCGACGCGCCGCACUCCUGCUCCUACUGCAACAAGAGCUUCUCCAGGAAGGAGCAUCUUGUCAACCAUGUCCGGCAACACACGGGUGAGACUCCAUUCAAGUGCACGUACUGCUCGAAAUCAUUCUCUCGCAAAGAGCACCUCACGAACCACGUGCACCUCCACACGGGAGAGACGCCACACAAGUGUCCCUUCUGCACCAAGACCUUCAGCCGCAAGGAGCACCUCACCAACCACGUCAGGAUACACACGGGCGAGUCGCCUCACCGAUGCGAGUUCUGCCACAAGACGUUCACGCGAAAAGAGCACCUCACCAACCACCUGAAGCAGCACACGGGCGACACGCCGCACUCGUGCAAGGUGUGCUCCAAGGCCUUCACUCGCAAGGAGCACCUCGUGGCUCACAUGAGAUCGCACAGUUGUGGCGAACGGCCAUUCAGCUGUGGCGAAUGCGGCAAGUCGUUCCCUCUGAAGGGCAACUUGCUGUUCCACGAGCGCUCGCAUAACAAGAACGGCAACGGCGCCAGACCCUUCCGAUGCGACAUCUGCUCUAAAGACUUCAUGUGCAAAGGCCACCUGUCGUCGCACCGGCGCACGCACGCGGGCGCGGGCGCGGGGGCGGCGGCGGACGCGGCGGAGGGCGCGGGGGAGCCGGCGCCGGACUGCGGCGACUGCGGCGUCAAGUGCGAGAAGGACGCGCCCGAGCCCGAGCGCAAGCACGACGUCAGAGCAUCAGCGAAUACGAGUCCGGCGGAAAGCGCCGUAGCACAAAACCCCCAACAAGCUAACGCGACUGUGAUGCAAAUUACCAGCCAACAGGUGCGCGCGCCAGGCGCCGUGGGGCUGGACGCCGCCGCCGCCACCUUCGCGCACCCCGUCUCCGUCAACUACUAGCCACUCCGCCCGCUCCACACUGCACUCCCACUUCCCUGCUGACGAGAUAUGCUGCUCCUGCGCAGGGUAACCGGCAGCCCUUCACACUAUAACUUCACUUUGGCAUUCGAGAGCGCGGAGGAAAUAAUGAUUAGUUCAAUGUGUCUAGAAAGAAACGAAUCGGCCAUACGACGAGUACCGAUUUUUAAUACGGCCGAGCCUACCUUCGACAUUUGGUUUCGACCGAUGAACGUAUUGCGAGACUGUUUUCGAAUAUUAUUUAUUUGUCGUAGUAUUUGGAUGUAAUCCAUUUGCCGGGCGUUUUCGUUAAAUUUACAAAGGAGUCAUAAAAUGCAAUCUGCAGUUCAGAACAUCGUGACACAAAUAGCAGUAGAAAACUGAGUUAACUAUGUACUCCACUUCGUACCGUGUAUUAAUAAACCGAAGUGUAAUAAAUAGUAAAAUUCACGAAUCUCCAUACCGAGUUUAGCCCAUUAAUCAUUUAUUUAAGAGGAACGACUUGUAUGGUGAUAAGCUUUAAUUUCUACUUGUCUGUCAAAUGCUCACUUUUCUGACACUGAAUCUAUCGUAGAUAUUUCCCCUAUGCUCUGAAGAUAUUUUCCUGAUCCUGACACAUUAUUUGCUCUUGUAUUCAUUGAUGGAUUAAUUAAGUGCGUCCACACCAAACGAGUCGCCUCGCGAAGCUGCUCGGACGGUGAAGACGUCCCGAGGCACGGCGACUUGAACGAUCUGCUUCGCGCGGCAAUUUUUUACAAGGCGACUUGUUCAGUGUGGACCCGCCUAUUUCAGUUCCUUUCGCUUUUAUUAUAAUGAAUGGUGAAUUCUUGGUAAUAGAUACUUUUGUAAAUAAAUCUGUAUUCAAUUUUAUCAGCCAUAUCGUAAGUUGCUAGUCUGUGACGUCAGUAUCUUACCUGUUUUCCUAAUAUACGCUCCUAAUGAAACAUGCCCGUUUUUACUCGUGUAUGACGGAUGAAUGUUAUAGUUAUGGAAAUAACGGUUACCAGGUUUAUUUUACAUUACUCUGUAAAUACUAGUUUAGAAACAUUAUGUUACAGGUGGACCUUGAUGUAAUAAUUUUAAUGCGUGGAUCAUCACAGAACGUUUUACAUUCCUUGCCAGAAAAUAAAAUUUUACAAAGUUUUAUUACAUUUUAGUAACGAUUAAAGGGCAGUCGGAACUUAUUGAGUAUAUAUUACGUACGCGAAUGCGGUUAAAGAUUGGAUGUAAUGUAAUAUGAACAGGGACCACAGAGAAGCGAGAAUGAAGCUUCAAGACUCGCAGUAUCCCGGAAAUAACAGCUCUAUACAUUUAGUUCUGAGUGGUUGAAUUUAUACAAAACUAUUUUUGCCACAUACCGUCUUUUAUGAUCAAGCUUGUAGAUAUUAUAUUUUGCCAUGAAUGUACAGUACAAGUGUGAUAAAAUUGAUGUUUUUUUAUUUCAAUAAAAUUGUAUAGCUAUAUAAAAUCGCUUAGCCAUUGUCGGCGUGAAGUGGUGUUGUAAUCACUUCUGUGAUCACGGACCGGCUUGUAAAAGAUUACAGCUUAUUUAAAUGUACAUAGACUAGUUGUAAAAUAAAAGGUGUACCCUUUAGGUAUAUUAAGAUUUAUUUUUAAAUUAUGUUAACACUGGCUGGAAAAUUAUUAUACUGAUGACAAUGAAACGAUUCAAAAUCGUUUUUAGUUAAUGAAAUUUCGUUUUAAGCGGCGAAGAAUCAUUGGGAUAAAUUAUAUCAGAGCCAAACUAAAUGGUAACUUAUCUUCAAUGGUGCCACGCUAAUUUAUAUUUAUAGGAAAACUAAAUCCCUAGACACAAUAGUAAGUACUAAAUUAUGUUCAGUAAUUUGAUAUGAAUGAGAUUAAAAAAAUCAAACAAA